AUGAUGUCAGCUCCGGUGGCUGCCGCUCCUGGGGAUACUGCUGACGGGGUUGAUGAAGCCAGUGGAGGGUCCACUGUUUCUCAGGAUGAACAACCCAGCUCAGGACAGAGGUGGAGCGAAGACGACUGGCGUCUUUGGAAUGCUGGUCAGUGGCCGACGAGGGCAAUGGCAUCACCUACGCCCACCGUGUAUGAGGCUUCCGAUGGAGCUGAACAACAAGCUGGGACGAGACAGCGAACUUCAUGGUGGUCGAGCUCUACGGCAACGACAUGGGAGGACCCGUGGACCAGAUGGCGAGACCCAUGGUCUUCGGGCCGAUCAUAUGAGGUCUUGGAUGAGCGAAGUGGGGGCACUGACAAGAUAGCGGUGCCAGAGUUUUCAGGAGAAGACGAUCGAGAUGGGUGCAAGGCCAAGAGCUACUUGCGGAAGGUGCAGGCCUGGAGACGAGUGACACGUCUCAAGCCUCACAAGCAAGCUCUGGUCUUGUACAACGGCUUGUCUGGUACGGCUUGGAGAGACGCCGAGGAGAUCGACCUUGCGGCCUUGGACUCCCCCGACGGCGUUGACGUCUUCAUGCAGUGGAUCACGGAGCACUACCUGGACAAGGAGAUCGUGAAGGCCGGCAAGUACAUGAGCGACUUCUUCAAGCACUACAAGCGUGGCCAUGCUCAGGAUAUCCGGGACUUCGACAUGGAGUUCGACAGGCACAUCAGCAAGUUGAAGGAAGUUGGAUGCGUGCUGCCAAGCGUAUGUUGCGCUUGGUGGUACAUCGACAAGUUGAGGAUGGACAAUGCUGCGGAGCUCAACCUUCUCUCCUCUGUGGGGAACCAGUACGAGCUGAUCCGCCUCCAGGAGGCAGCAGUGGUUCAAGACCGGAUGAACCGAAGGAUCUGGGAACAGCGGAAGGUCGACACCAAGAAGAACCAGGUCUAUGUGGCUGAGAUCGAGGACACCCCGGACGAUGAAGAGGACCCGGAAGACCUCGAGCUCUACGACCUUGAGGAGACUACGGAGGUUGACGAUGACGAGACUCAUGAGGCGUACGUCGCUUUUCAGAAUGCCAAGGCAAAGUACAGUAGCAUGCUCAAAGCCAGGGGCACCACCAGCCCACAGUCUCGUGAGGAGUCUCUGCAGAAAGCGAAGGCACGUUCUUACUGCAGUGCCUGCGGCAAGAAGGGGCACUGGCAUAAGGACCCCAUCUGUCCGAAGAACAAGCAGACAUCAACGACUGCACCGCACACCACCCACAUCGCCUACUACACCAAUGGUCAGAUGGCCGACCUGGAGGUGAUUGUUGACUGCGCUUGCAGCCGAACACUGGCUGGACCGGAGUGGGUGAAGGCCUACAUGAAGAAGGCCGAUCAGUGCGGUGUGCCGUACUUUGUCAUGCGCCAGAACGAGACCUUCAAGUUUGGGGGCCCCAAGGUUUACCCUUCGACCAGGGCGAUGGUUUGCUUUCUUUGCCUUCAGGGCAAAUGGUUUGUGGUGAAAGUCGCCAUUGUGGCAACCCACGUGCCGCUCUUGCUGAGCCGCCCGGUCUUGGCUGCCUUGGGGAUGCAGUUCAAGUUGGACACCGAUGAGGCCAACUUCACCAGCUUAGAUCUUGAGGACGUAGCUUUGAGUUUUACUGCUUCAGGCCAUCCUUGCGCUGAAGCUGUUUCCUUUUCUGGCCAGCCACCUGCUUGGCCUGACCUGGUGGACUGGAGUGUGACAGAAAUUCACAUUCCAGUACGAUCUGAGCGCCGUGAAGCAUACAUGGCGAGUGCAGCUUCAGAGGGUAUUGGGAUGCUUUUCUAUCCAAAGGUGAAAUUUCAGGUACAAGAAUUUCUAUGUAGAGAUGUUCUGCCUGUUGAAACUUUCAUGCAUUGGUGGAAUGGUCAACCGCCUUCUCGUGACUUUUGGAUUGAGACCGAAGAGUACAUGUACCGCAUCCAUGUCACACCACGGAGGACACUUUUUGACCCCUCUAAUUGGCAAACAUCUCAAACCGAACUUCGAGAUCUCUUGUUGCAAAGAUUGGGCACCUGCAGAGAAUCGACCUGCAUACCAUGUCAUGCAAGAUGCCAUCACAUAGUGGUCGAACAUUCUUGGAAAGAAGAUCAUGGACCACGAGCUGAAUUUCUUUGGAUUGGCCGCAGCCGUUUUCAACGAAACGCUCAAGCCGCCCCACGCUCCUUGUCUUCUACGGCCCAUGUCCACGAGGGCAACGACUACCUCGCUAUGGAAGAUGAAGCGAGAGGAGUUGGUGGCGUCUCUCGAGAGGCUGGGGGUCUCGGUGAGGGCAGAAUGGACAGUGCCCGAACUGAGGGCAACACUGAUCGAACAGCAAGAGACCCACGGGACGCCCAAUCCGAAGGUGAAGCGCCUCACCCGGCUUACUUUGGACGAGCUGAAGGACAAGUGCAUGGCCGAAGGGAUUGUCAUGCCAGACAGCAAGCCGACCCGGGGGCUACUGAUGAAGCUCUUGAGGGAGAACACACCCCCGACCGGGGACGAGGUGGUCUGCUUCGGCAUGUACAAGGGCUACCUCUACAAGGAGGUCAACGAGAAGUACUUGGAGUGGGCGAUGCAAGAGGUGGCUGCCAAUCCUCAGCACUCCUUGGAUUUGGCACGCCUGGCCAGGUGGGCACAAGCCCGCUCCACUACGCCUGGAACUGGUUCAAGGCCAUCGGCACCCGAGGUGGGAGCAGUUGUGCCGCUGCCCAAGGCAGCAUACCCGGUGCCGAAGGUCAACAUGCCGAUGAGAGAGGAGACGUCGUCGAAACAGUCAAGGACUUCAAGGACGAGACCCUUGGAGAUGGAGGAAUCGAGCGAGUUCUCGGAGGUGGAAUGGGCGACGGAAGAUCGCAUCAAGGACAUGGAGGCGAGGUUGGCGAUCCUACGACAGAUCAAGGAGACCGAGGACAAGCAGGAGGCCAAGGCCAAGGCAGCCCCUCCAAAAGCAAACUGAAGAAGAAGGCCUACUGGCAGAAGGUUGAUGAGCUGAGGGAGAUGAGGAGAUCGAUGAGACACGAAGCGCUUUGGGUGGCUACCAACGACUCUGCAGAGGAGGACCUCCCGGAGAAGGACAUCGUCGAGCUCUUUGACCCGGACACCAUCGAGGCUGACGAGUAUGACAUCAACAACGACGGCUUGCCCAAGGUGAACCUCAACUACCCCUCGGACUAUGACUUGGUCCGCAACUUGCCGGCCAAGAGGAUGAAGAGGGCAUCACGGAAAAGGGUCACGGGGUGGGCUCAACGAGCUUUGACUUGCCUGUGUACCACCUUGGUGGCAUUGGCAUCUCCAGUGGCCGAAGAGCUCAAGGAAGUGGUGGUGGAGCCACUACACGAUGCCUAUCUGGCUGUCUCUGGCCAUCGACCGCAAGAGGAGACGGUCUCCUUGCUGGAACUCUUUGCGGGGUCGGCCCAUUUGACGGGCUACUUCGCAGCCAAAGGACACAAUGUCCUGGAGCCGCGAGACAUCGUCUACGGACACGAUCUGUUCGACAGGCGCCAGCAAGUGUCUGUCCUGGAGGACAUCCAGAGGAUGAAGCCCCGACUUCUUUGGGUGGCUUUACCUUGCACAAAAUGGUCACCUUGGCAACGAUUGAACUAUGCCCAUCGGCGACAACAACUUCGGCGUGAACGAGCCAAACAACGGAAGCUUAUGAAGUUCACCCUGGACUGCGCUUGGGAACAGCUUGAUGCCGGUCGUGAGGUUGCUUUUGAACACCCUCGCGACUCUGGGAUGUGGGAGGAUUCAGCUUUGGAACCUCUCAUCAAUUCACCUUUGAUGUCCCAGGCCACCUUCGACAUGUGUCGCUAUAACCUGAGGGCCGUCACGGAUGGCGGUAGGCUCAGGAAGCCUACUAGGGUGGUGGCAUCGAAUCGUCUGCUGUUGGACGGUUUACGUCUAACCUGUGGUGGUGGCCAUGAACAUACCGCCACACAAGGAAGAAACACCAGACCUGCUGGAGUCUACACCAAGGAAUUUUGCAGGGCCAUCUUCAAGGGCUAUGAGAAGAUGACACACUCUCUUUGGUAUCAUCGUGAGGAGCAAACUUGGGAAGCUAUGCCUGUGGGGACUACUUCGUCUACAUCUUCCGCAUCGAGGAGUCCUCCCGCGCCACAUCAAAGUCACGUUCGAGAUGCCCAAGUUCCACCUCGUUCUGGAGACCAACGACGUGCCGAUCACCAACCUGAUUCUGAUCAACAACCUGGUGCUGCUCUACCUGGAAAAGAAGGAGCUGCAGGAAUACAUCUGCCCAGCAGCGUGCCCAACCACAUUGCGAAGGCUCUCAAGAGGAUCCACCAAAACUUGGGACACCCUUCCAACGCCGACUUGAGUAGACAUCUACGUCUUGCCGGUGCUGGAGAUCUAGCAGUGAAGGCAGCACAGGCCAUCAAAUGUGAGACCUGUUCUCGGCUGACUGGCCCCGGCACUCGACGCCCUGGCCGUGUGGUACGCCCAUUGGACUUCAACCAAGAGGUAUGUGUGGACACCAUCGCCCUCUACGACGUGGACGGGGGCAAGAUCGAGGCCAUCUCCAUUUUGGACGUGGCCACCGGCUAUCACUUGGUUUGUAGAAUCCGCGGACGCAAGUCAGCUGACCUGCUCCAAGACUUCAUGGACCAUUGGGUCCAAUGGGCGGGCCCACCUUUACAGGUGACUUGUGAUGAAGAACGAGGCCUGAUGAAAGAGUUCACUGACGGCCUCGACAUGCUGGGGAUCCGAUCAAGGUACACUGCAGGACAAGCUCAUUGGCAAAAUGGGGCUGUCGAGAGACAGAAUCAGUGGUUCCGGGCUAUAUGGGAACGAGCGGUUGCACAUUCCCAAACAAAAUCCGAGGAGGUUGACUAUGCACUCGCGAUGACCUGCGCAGCCAAGAACAACUUGCGCCGCCACCAUGGAUACUCUCCGGCACAAUGGCUCUUCGGCUCAGAACCACGUACUGGGGAUGCCAUGCUGGAUGAGAAUGAAAAGCUAUUUCAGCUCGAAGAACUACGCACAGAAGAUGACCUCUGGCGUCGCAAACAACAGAUUCGCUAUGCUGCCCGCAUAGCCUUCUUGGAGUCACAAGCCGAUGCUGCAACCAAACGAGCUCUACUUGGACGCUCUCGAGUAUAUCCUGGGCCUUUCUCGGUGGGCGACUAUGUGUACGUCUUCAGGGUCAACAAGACGGCUGGAGGUAAAGCUCGACAACGGCAGAAUGUAGGUGAAUGGAUCGGGCCGGGUGUGGUCAUUGGAAAAGAAGGUGAAUCCUAUUGGAUCUCACGUGGGGGCCGUUGUGUCCUCUGUGCAGGCGAACAUCUACGUCCUGCUGAGUCUGAGGAGCUUGGCCAGGCCUUUCAGACUCAAGCUCUCAAGGAUGACCUGAUGCGGGUGGUCCAGAACCUCAAGGACGAAGACAAUGAUGAGGUCUUCGCCGAUGCGACUGACCCUCCCCCGCUCAACAAAAGGGCGGUUGAAACACAACUGGUUCCAGAGCGUCGGGUCACAACCAAAGGGACGGUGAGAAUGCUGAAGAGGCCAGUUCCUCAACCUAGUGAUGACCAACCCGGCCGCAUAUCACCUGCUCAACAAAAUGCACAAGAUCUUGAAGCUAUCCCCGAACGUGAUGUCGAGGACGCGCUGGAUGAUGCUGUGAACCAGGCCUUUGUGGUCGAACGCCGAGCUCCUCGAAGCACCAUCAAGCAGCUCGACAAGGAAGUCAAGUGGGAAGAAAUCCCAGAAGAUGAGAAGUACCUCUAUCUCGAGGCUGAGAAAAAACAAUGGGAUGAACACCUCCGCUAUGAGGCAGUUCGGGUACAUCCUCCUGAAGAUGCUGGUCUUCUCCGAGCCAAGGUCCCCGCCAACAGGAUCUUGAAAGCUCGUUUUGCUUACAGAGACAAGAAUGUAGCAAAACGCCGGGAGGACCCAACCAUACCAGCAAAAGCAAAAGCCAGACUAUGCAUUGGAGGUCAUAUGGACCCUGACCUGCAGAAAGGCGAGAUCAACACUGAGGCCCCUACGGCUUCCAAGACAUCGAUGUUCACAUUGCUUUUCUUGGCCGCCCAAUUUGGCUGGCGACUUGCUGCUGGAGAUGUGGAGGCUGCUUUCCUCAACGGCAUUGAGUCCAAGCGCAACUUGUACUUUGAGCCUCCCAAACGCGGGCUCCCUGGAGUCGAACCAGGCUCCUUGGUGGAAAUCGUGAAAGGGGUCUGCGGCCUCUCGAACAGUCCGAGGCUUUGGUGGGACAAGCUGGCUGGGGAGCUGAAGAAUCUCGACAUCAUUGUCAACGGCAUCCAGCUCCGCUUGGCACACCAUGAUUUUGACCCAUGUCUUUUUCUUUUGCAAGAACGGGACGAUCCCAACAAAUUACGUGGCGCCUUGAUCACCCACGUGGACGACCUGCUGAUCGCCGCGCCACCUGGUGAGAUACAACAACUGAUGAAGGGCCUCUCAGCGAUCUUUCCCAUCGCUGAGUGGGAGCAGGGCAACUUCGAGUACACGGGCUCUACGAUCACCCAGUAUGACGACGUGAUUGAGGUGCACCAGAAGUCGUACAUUAACUCCCGCUUGGAGACUGUCGAGUUCCCGGCUGUGUACAACCUCGACGACCCGGCAGAUGAGGUCACCAAGCAGGAUAACAUGAGCACUGUGGGGGCUUUGUCGUGGCUGGCAUCACAAAGCCGACCUGACCUCCAAGCUGGUGUAUCACUUGCACAACGAAAACAAAAGUCUCCAACCUACGGAGAUGUGAAGGAGACAAACCGUGUGGUCAAGAUGGCCCAAGCUGGCAAGGAUGAGCCCUUGCGGUUCACCCGGCUUACGGAUGACCCUAGCAAGCUGUUGCUUCUGGUAUAUCACGACGCAGCCUGGGCCAACGUGCAACCUGACCCCGUCGUUGAACCUCAUGAAGCAGAUGAUGCACAAGGACAAGGGGUCUAUUCCCAACUUGGCCACGUGAUGUUGAUGACAACACGGGAUGCUCUUGAAGGAGCUCGUUGCCCGUCUAUGGUCGUUGGAUGGAAGUCCCAGGCCUGCCCCCGGGUGUGCCGCAGCACCUUCGCAGCUGAAACAAUGGCGGCCCUGGGUGGAUGGGAAGAUGCUCUGGCAUUCAGAGAUGUCCAGAGACCUGUUCCCUAUCGUUCUGUGACGGACUGUAAGUCCCUCUACGACAAUGUCCACCGUGUCGGUGGCCCUCGUGCUCCCACCGAGAAGCGCCUCCUAGUCGAUUUGACUGCUUUGAGGCACAUGGUCAACGACGAAUACCAGAGGUGUGACCCUGGAUGCUCUGGUUCAGCCUCUUCACGGGUCAUCCUGAUCCUAUGGCAAGUGUUGACGUGGCACAUGAAUUUCAUUGAAAAUGUGGACCGUGAUGGAGACUUGUGUGACUCUGAAAACACUAGACGUCUGAGCCGCAAUGAUGCCUACCGGGCCUACCGCCAUCUGGACAUCCUCGUCCACAUCCACAAGACGUUUCCGACGGGUGACGUCGUGGAGUUUACGUUGAAGGUCUUGGCUCGGGGUGAGGGGCGCAGCUCGCGCGCGCGGGAGCGGGCCAGAGCACAGAGCACGGAUGAGGGCAGCACCUUCAGGGCUCCAUCUGCCACCAAGUUCGACGGCCAGGACAAGCCAGCGAAACCUGUGGCUAUGCACAAACUCGAGACAGGUACGAUGAUGUACGAUGCUUGCGAUGCUUGCGCAUCCGCGCGUGGGUCAGCGCGGCCCCUUGCUCAGCGCCGCGGUGGAGCUAGGGUCGAUGGAGCUGGGUUCCACCAUGGAUGGGCAGCCGGGCGCGACCACCUCCAAGCGCCGAUCGCAGGGGCGGCACAGGCAAGUUCAAGUCACGGACGCCGGCUUCUCGGCAGACUCGAGCUGCAGCGCGUUCGAAGGCGCCAGCACGGGCACGCAGCGCGCCGGAGCGUGAACACGCAGACCGGUGGUCCCCGUGCCACACCGCGCCUCAGUAAUGAGCAGAGGCAAGCGGAGCCGGCGCAACAAGAGCAAGCGGAAGAAGUGAGGGGGGAUGUAAAAUGA